AUGGCAAGCGUGACAACCCGGGGAGAGAUCCCGCUGCCCACGAAUGUCAAAGGGGUGAUGAAGAUGACCCUUUUUGAGGUAGUGGACGGCGAUAUGGGUUACAAUAUGAUCCUGGGGAGACCAUGGUUGCACGAGAUGAAGGUUGUGCCAUCAACAUAUCAUCAGUUGCUGAAAUUCCCAAUUUCCAAGGGAAUUAAACAAAUAAGAGGUGACCAAACGGAAGCAAGGGAGAUGAAUACAAUCUUAGUCUCCAGUAAUAAAGGGAAGGAGCAUGCGGUACCAGAGGAGACGGACGCAACAAAGUCCACAGCGGAAGAACUUGAACAAGUCGCAUUAUUCGAAAAGUUCUUGGAAAGGAAGUUCCACUUAGGGACAGGACUGCACCCCGAACUCAGGUCUGGAUUUAUUGAAUUUCUUAAAUUUAAUGUCAAUUGUUUUUCAUGGUCGCAUGCGGUGACAAGUAUCCCGCCAGAAGUGGCCAUGCACAAGCUAAGCCUGGACCCCAGCAUCCCUCCGGUAAGACAGAAAAAAUGUCCUAUUGCCGAGGUCAGAAACAAAUUUGUCAAAGAAGAGGUAACUCGCUUGAUUGAUAUCGGUUCAAUCCGAGAAGUUAAGUAUCCUGACUGGCUAGCUAACGUAGUAGUAGUUCCAAAGAAGAAUAAUAAGUUUCGCAUUGUGAUGCCUUUUGGGCUAAAGAACGCUGGAGCCAUUUAUCAACGUCUUGUAAGCAAAAUGUUUGAGAAGUAA